AGCUCAAGCUACUCGUAUCCUUUCUAGGAGGUGGCAGCAUGUGUGGCCCUAUUGUACGACUCUCAAUUUCAAUGCUGGAAGACAAUUAAUUACAUUUGGCAAGCUCCAAUUUGAUUGGGAACGCGAGCUUGUAUUGCGUAUGUAUGUUGAUUGGGUGGAUUCUGUUUUGAAACAACAUAAAGCCCCUAACAUUGAGCGCUUCCGAGUUGCUUUUGGUCAUGGUCCUAGAAGUUGUAUUGAUGAUUGGAUUCAAUUUGCAAUGAGGAAAGGAGUUCAAAUUCUUGAGAUGGACUUAUCAGCUAUUUUACAUCCAAGGGGUCUGCACUACAAACUUAGCAACAAAGUGUUGGGUAUAAGAGAAUUUUCUUCUUUCAAGGCCUUGUGUUCUGAAUACAUUGGUUUCAAGUUUCUCAAAGUUCUUGAUUUCAAUUGUGUUGAUGUGGACCAAGGUAUUCUUGAGUACUUCAUCUAUAACUGUCCAGUUCUUGAACGAGUAGCCGUGUGUGAUUCAUCCUUGCUGGUCAAUCUUAGAGUUGUUGGUCAGUCUAUUGCAUUGAAGUACUUAACGAUACAUCGAUGUCGCAAUCUCAAAAGCGUGGAGAUAUGUGAAGCAAACUUAGUUUCAUUUACUUAUGGUGGGGAGCUGGAAAAGUUGCUUCUAAGAAAUCUACCGCUUCUUGUUGAGGUAUCCCUUUCAGAAUGGAAGUGAUGGUCGUGACAGAUUGGCCUCUCUUACCUUUCUUGCUGUCUUUCCCAACUGGAGAUUCUCAAAAUCAAUUAUAUGAUUUCGUGGGCCGAAACAGAUUCAUUACCUAAUCUCAAGUGCUUGGAAUUAGCAUUUGAUGAAGCUAAUAACUGUGCUCUUCUUGAUGUUGCAUUUUUCAUUAAGCAAACUCCUUGCUUGCAUACUCUUGUAAUGAAGUUUCGAUCACGGUGGUCUCCAAAAAGUCCCUUUUCCAAGAAGAGACCCAAAAGAUGCUCUUUUGAUUCUCUGAAAGUGGUGAAAUUUGUAGAAUACUCUGGCCUUAGCCGUCAAAUUGAACUUGUGAAGUACUUGAUGAAAACUGCAAGUAAUAUUGAGAAAAUUAUUUUUGAUCCUGUUAAUCGUCAGUAUUCAGGGGUUCACAGACUGCUAUUUCCCCAUAUAGUGGAGAAGAAUUGUCAAGACUGAGGCUCGUCAGCUUAAAGAGAAAUUGCCUGCAAAUCUAGAUGUUGUGUGCCUGUAGGUACUACAGCCUAGUAGGAACUACAUUGCAAAAUUAUAUAUGUUGGAUCAUGAUUCUUUCCUUUCAGUUUUGUUAUUCUGAUACUUCAACCUUAAUAUGCAGUUAAAUAAUGAAUGUUUGUUAUUCUUUUCUUUUUAUAAAUGAAUACAAAAUUAUUCAUGCCUGUUCCUAAG